AUGCCUUUCUUGACUUAUGACAAAGCGCUCGAAUUGAGAAGGGACCUUGAUGAUACCGCGGAGGUCCUGACCUUUGGUUCGGAAGGUUAUAUUGAGAGUUUGAGGAGAUGGAGUGAUACUAGUGAAAAGGAGGCUGGAGCUGUUGUGCGUGCUAUAUCUUCCCAACAGGUCGCAACUGUUGUCAGUUUUGCAAGGAAAAACCAUGUCCCUUUUGUGGUCCGAGGUCGAGGCCACUCCACAUAUGCGGCAUCCUCAACCCAUGGUGGAAUCGUCAUCGAUUUAUCCAAAAUGUGCAAGGUGGUCGUAGAUUCAGCUAGCAAGACUGUGGCAGUCCAAGGAGGUGCAACUUGGCGAGAGGUCGAUACAGCUACAGCACCAUAUGGGCUUGCUAUUGUCGGAGGCACCCUUGACCUAAGUGGGGUUGCUGGAACUACCUUAGGGGGAGGAUACGGUUGGCUGACUGGUAGGUAUGGUCUCGCUAUUGACAAUCUCCUGAGUGUGAGGAUUGUCCUGGCAGACGGGAAAGUUACUAUCGCAUCUGAGACCCAACAGCCUGACUUAUUUUGGGCCGUUCGAGGUGCAGGACAGGCCUUUGGAGUGGUCACAGAGCUUGUUUUCCAAGCGCAUGAUCAAAAGUCCCCAGUCUAUGGAGGACUACUUAAAUUCCCUGCCGAAAGAUUGAGAGAGGUCGUUGAGUUUGCCAAUGCGUUCGAGGUAAGGUCAACCAAAGACCAGGGGUUAUAUUUCGGAUUCACAUGUCCACCGCCGGAGCGCAAAGCGGCAAUAUUUGCUGUACUCUUCUAUAAUGGGCCACUUAAGGACGCAGAAAGCUUUUUCUCGCCGCUGCUGUCUCUGAGGCCAAUUGUGAAUGAAACCGAUAUGAUGCCUUAUGAGCGACUCAACACCACUAUUGAACGAUUCACUUCUUCAACUGGCCGCAAAAAUAUCGGUGGUAUUAACAUUACCUUGCCGUUAGAUUUCCAACGUGUCUGGCAGCUCUUUCAGCAAUACGAAACAAUAAUGAGCAUGAACCGACGCGUUGAGGAAUCUACAUUGACAUUUCAGCUGCUGCCAUAUGCUGAGGUUGCCAGAGUGCCAGUAGAGGCCACUGCUUGCGCCAAUCGGGGGCACAACUACAACGCGUGUGUUAUUUUCUGCUGGCACGAUCCAGAUCAAGACACAAAGAUGUACAAUCUACAUCAAAAGUUUCUGAAGGAGGUUGAAGAAUGCGGAGGAAUACGAGAUUAUGAGAGUCAUAAUCAGGGUAUAGGGGUAGUGUACGCUAAUUUUGCUGGGAAGGGAGUAGCUUUAGAAGAUAUUUUUGGGGCAAACCUACCCCGGCUGCGGUUCUUAAAAACGAAAUAUGACCCGGAUAACGUGUUCAAGAAAUGGCACAACUUACAGCGUCGAGAAUGA